UACACCUCAUUGGAAUUGAUUGAGUGUUCAGAAGUGGGAGUAACAAUAUCCGCAAACUGCUUUGACGUUUCAUCUACUAACUCACAUCCCACGAUCAACUAAUUGGAAUGCCAGAAUACACCUCGUAUCAUCUAAAAAGCAGUGAAAGAUAUCGAGUGUGCAAAUGUCAUCACAACAAAAAACACGUUAGACUAGCCGGCGACCUUCUGACUACCUCAUGUUCUACCACACAGUAAGUCUGCAUUUUUGCUAUUCUACCACACAGCUACACAGUAAGUCUGUAUUUUUGAUAUUCUACCACACAGUAAGUCUGUAUUUUUGAUAUUCUACCACACAGUAAGUCUGCAUUUUUGCUAUUCUACCACACAGCUACACAGUAAGUCUGUAUUUUUGAUAUUCUACCACACAGUAAGUCUGUAUUUUUGAUAUUCUACCACACAGUAAGUCUGUAUUUUUGCUAUCGUGCAAUGACACGGAUAAGUAAUAUCUAAAAAUGCGGCAGAUUAUAUCAACCGGUUUGCUAACAGGUAAUUUUAAUUGCUGAAUUGAUAAAAAGAUACCAAAGCGUUUUCUUGGCAGGGAUUAAACUCGAGUGGGUUUCAUCACCAUCCAGGGAUCACGAUGACUCUGCAGAACGGACUAACAAUUCUCCCCUCCCAUGCCCCCCUUUGCCCUCUCCUAGGUACACGAAGAGUGAAGAGUAAAUUUAUCGUUCGUAUUCUCUUCCUGCUGUAAACGCAUUACUCUCCUAUUAAGAACACAGGUAGCCCACAGGUAGAACAACUCUACCCUCCCUCCCCUCCCACGCUUGUGACAGGUGGUUUGCUUUAAAUAGUGGCGUAUAUCUGAUAUUUGCAUCACCACACUUGUGUUACUCGUUGCGUAAAGUCUUGAGCAAACUUGGCGUAUACUAUGGCAUCGUCUGGAGGUGGAUUGGUGGUCGUGUCCGUAGAUGGCAGUGCUCACAGCGAAAAAGCCUUUGACUGGUUCUUGGAGCAUGCGUACAACACUGGAGACACCGUGGGAAUACUGCACAUACACGACUUGAGCAACGUCAUGAUUAAAAUCCCUCUGGGCAGUGACAUGCCUGCUGAGAUCAUCGAGAGAGUGAUCAAAGAGAGUUGGGAAAAGGUUGAUCUGCUGAUUGACGUCUACAAAAAGAAAUGCGACAACGCCAAGGUGAACUGUGUAGUGUUUGUAGAAACCCCGACCAGUGGUAGGGUCGGCGAAAGGAUAUGCCAGCUCGCAAAGGAAAAGAGCGCGUACCUGAUAGUGAUGGGGACACGUGGUCUGGGGGCGAUACGGCGAACACUACUGGGCAGCGUGAGCGACUAUGUCGUCCACCACUCGCACAUUCCCAUUAUGAUUGUACCUUUUGAUACCUAGACACGAUAGCAGAACUGGAGGGAUAUUAUAAAUUGUAUUGCAGAACAGUAGGGAUAUUAUAAAUUGUAUUUCAGAACUGUAGGGAUAUUAUAAAUUGUAUUGAUACCUAGACACGAUAGCAGAACAGUAGGGAUAUUAUAAAUUGUAUUGCAGAACUGUAGGGAUAUUAUAAAUUGUAUAGGUACCAUGUAUUAAAUUGUGAUAAUCGUGUUGGGAAAAGCUUAUGUGGUAUUGUAGUUCAAGUAAUAAUGAGGUUAUACAUAAGCAUUCAUUUUACAGCAGAGUUAUUCAUCACACAAAUAUGUACAAAUAUUAUAACAUAAACUCUUCAUAUUAAACUAUAAAAAAUAUAUAACAAAGCUAUUCAUAUUAAAUGAUUACAAUAAUUAUAACAUAAGUUACUAAUUUUAAAGAAUAACAAGAAUUAGAACAUAAGCUAUUCAUAUUAUGACACAAGCUAAUUAAUAUCAUAACACAAAAUUAUUCAAAUAGGUCAUAAGCUAUUCACUAUACAACAAUCUUACAGGAUUCAAAAGAAUUAUUAAAGCUUAUUGCUUUUUAGCGAGUAUCGUUAUCAAUAACUUCGUGCUCGCAGACAUGUUUAUAUGUUAUGAACAUCGGGAAUAUGGCGUAUUUUGGGCCUUAUUUAUCUUAACGUUUGCAUUGAAUGCUCAUGAUCUCAAUUUAUACAAUGAUUUUAUCAAUACGAAAUGAAAUGAGAGUACAGGGUAACUUUUCAAAUGAUGGUGCUUGUACAUAUAUUUUAAGGAGUUGUUAGGUAUCAAGAUAAAAGUUUUAGCAGUUGCUGAUUACUGAAGAUAUACAGUAUUUCAAUAACCCUUCCGAGGUGGCAGCAGACUUGUAUAGUGUUGGUUUAUUUACAAAUUCGUACAAAUAUAAUGUUUUACAAUUAAAACACUUUCUAAAUGCU